AUGGAGUAUGCAUUAAAUUAUAUCAGUUCAUUUGCUUUUGGACUAUCACUAUUAUUCAUCCUAUUGCUAUGUUUCUGUUGGAAUAAAAAACAAGGUUUAACUCAAAAACGACACAAUCCUAGUACUGAUGCCAGUGUUAAUUCCUGCCAAGAAAUCACGUACAAUCACCAUAAACGUUUCACAGUUAGACUGAGUCGACCGCAUAAAUAUGUACUUGAUACCGUUGCCACUACUACUGUUGAAACUAAAACUACCCCUACUACCAAGGUUAACAUCAAUCAUGAUACCACCAAUCAUGUAUUAAUUAAAAAUUCUAAUUUAUUCGUCAAUGAAGAUGAUUUGGCAUAUGCUACCACAAUUGGACUAAAUACAAAUAUGAAUAGUACGGAUAUUCUAUCUCCUAGUGGUUAUCCAUUACUACAUCAAGACAGUAAUACGCAUAGGAAUUGUGAACUUCCACCAGUACCGACAUAUUUCGAUGCGGCAUUUACGGAGAAUAAACAAAUCAAUGUUGAUCAUGCACCAUUACCAGAAGAUAACAUUGAUCAAUUAACAUGUUAUUAUUAUUCAAUCGCAACAGUGAAACAACCAAUUAGUAAUAAGCAUCAUUUAUAUGAUGUCACCAUCCCUAAAUUAUUACAAUCAAUUAAAAAAAAUUCAUCAACAAGCGUUUCUGAUACAAACAACCGAUGCUAUUCACUAUGUGACGAUGAUGCUGAUGAUCCAACAUCUGACUCUGAUGGAUUGUAUGCGAGUGUAAGUCAUCCUCCGCCUCCGCUUCCAUCUUCUAUGAUUGGAAACAAUUUUGUUACACAAGAAACAUUCCAAGACACGGAAACAAUAGUUAAUGUAAAUAUUACUCCAACUACUACUGUUGCUACUACUACUAAUAGUAAUUCAAUGCAAACUAAUGAAAACAUGACUGCAAGUAGACAUGAUCUCUGUCAAUCACGUUAUUAUUCUCAAUUAAAAGGCGAAUGUAACAUGAGUAAUAAUAAUAUUAAUAAUAAUAAGAAGGACGGUAGUACAAAAGAUCAGUACCGUGGUGUUUCUACAGCCGCCACGACCUCUACUACUGCUCUUCAAUUUCCAAAAUUCUCUUCAAAGACUUCAAAGGAUAAUAAUAAUAAUGGUACUCAUAACAGUAAUAAAAUUAUUGAUAACUGUCAACUAUCUAAUCAACCGACUUGUCAUAAUCAUACGAAGAUUGAAAAUUGUUACAAAUGUUCUAUAACACCUUGUGUUCAUCUGUAUGCUGAAGUGACACCGUGUGCAAGAACACGACAGUCUACUCUUGCUGACUCAGAAAUGAAAUCUAAUAAUAAUAAUAGUGUCUAUAGUUCAAAUUAUAUACGACCGCCGAUCCCAGUCAGAGGUUAUGAUCAAACAGAUAUUGAUUUAGUAAAUCAAAUAAGAAUCUCAUCUCGUCCAUUGGAUGUUACAAGACCAUAUAAAUCGACUGAUCAUCAUGACGUUGAAUCACGUAAAGUUCCAACGGUAUUAUGCAAUAGUACCAAGCAUAAUUAUCAUCAAUGUUUUGAUGAUUCCGAUACUAAUCAAGAAUCUUCAGAAUACGAACGUAUUUAUUCGAUUGCUUCGACGGAAUCUGCAGAUAGAAAUAUUGUUCAAUUAGUUUCAACUGAAAAACAAAAUAAUGAAACAACCAUCUCACAUAAUAACAAUAAGCUAGAACAUUCUUAUACAGAAAUAUCAAGUUCCAUUGAUGAUUUGGCUACUUAUUCUCAAGUGUAUUAUUCCACAGCAUGUGGAUCAAUUGAUCAUCCUAUUGUAAAAACAACUGAAUCAUCCAAUAUGCAUAGUUCUUUAUGUUCUUCAACAGUCUUCCAUACAAAUUCACUUGACCAAAAUACUGAUAAAAAAUCUUAUCCUCAUGGUGAUGAUGUAAUCAUUAAAGAGUCUUGUCAACAGAAUGAUUACAAUACAAGCAAUCAUUCAAAUUUAAAUGAUAAAAAUCAGCCUAUUUUAACUAGUAAUCAGUCAUUAACUCCAUUGUUAUUAUCGGAAACAACAGUUUAUAGUGUAACGAAAUUGCAUCCAUCUAUAUCAUCCAAUCUAAAUGAUAAAAUGUUAGCUGAAAUUCAAGCAUUUCGUCAUAUGGAUAGUGAAUUGGAUCUUACUCAAUCUACCAAAUAUUUUAUGGUGAAUAAUUCUCAAACUGAAACACGUCGUUUACCAGAUUCAUUCAUGAAUGAAAGUGAAGAGGAACAAAAGACUAUGAUCGGUACCUUGCAAGUUGUAACACAGUCAUUAUAUAAUCAAAAUCAGCGUGAAGACACUGGACUAAUGACUCCAUUAAUGGAACGUUCAACAGAAGAUUGUUCACGACUGUCAACAAUUCAUCGAAAUUAUUCAAAAGCGAUUAAAAGUGAUGGUCAAUCGUCUUCAUCAUUAUCACACUCAACAAUUUUAUCACCAUCUUCCUUAUCAUUAUGUAGUAAAUCAAUUAAAUCACCGGCAAACUAUUUGAUAUCCGAUUUCCCUUCACCUACCCCUCCCAUUGUUGUGACGGUCAGUAGUAAUUGUAGUGUUGCUCCAUUUGCACUUGCUGAAUUCUCUUUCAUCUCUGAUCCUUCAGCCUAUGAUGAUAUUGACAAUCUUUAA